AUGGUCAACUCCUGUUGUGGCUCCGUCUGCUCUGACCAGGGCUGUGGCCAAGGCCUCUGCGAGGAGACCUGCUGCUGCCCCAGCUGCUGCGGGUCCAGCUGCUGCCGCCCCAGCUGCUGCAUCUCCAGCUGCUGCCGCCCCUCUUGCUGUGGAUCCAGCUGCUGUGGUUCCAGCUGCUGCCGCCCCAGCUGUUGCAUCUCCAGCUGCUGCCGCCCCUCUUGCUGUGGAUCUAGCUGCUGUGGUUCCAGCUGCUGCCGCCCCAGCUGUUGCAUCUCCAGCUGCUGCCGUCCCUCUUGCUGUGGAUCCAGCUGCUGCGGGUCCAGCUGCUGCCGCCCCAGCUGCUGCAUCUCCAGCUGCUGCCGCCCCUCUUGCUGUGGAUCUAGCUGCUGUGGAUCCAGCUGCUGCCGCCCCAGCUGCUGCGUCUCCAGCUGCUGCCGUCCAGUCUGCUGCCAGACUACCUGCUGCCGAACCACCUGCUGUCGCCCAAACUGCUGUGGAUCCUGUUGUUGA